AUGUCCAAACCUCCUCCAGAUAUUCUGAACAAGGCAUUUCUACACAAAGACGCUGAGAAGCAGAUACCAAGCCUUGGCGAACUGGUAUAUGAUAAGGAUUAUAUCGUAGAUCCUGAAGCAGAGAAGAAGCUAGUAAAGCGCAUUGAUCUCAGGAUUAUUCCUGCUUGCAUGUCGAUCUAUCUGUUUUGCUUUCUUGAUAGGUCCAACAUUGGCAAUGCCAAACUACUCAAUAGCAAUGCCGGAGAUUCGCUAGUCCAAACACUAGGGAUCUCUAACGAACAGUACCUCACAGCCCUCAUUCUGUUCAUCGUCUCCUACACCCUAUUCGAAACACCAUCCAACUACAUGCUCAAAAAAUAUCGUCCAUCACGUUGGCUUGCUUUCCUCAUGUUUUCGUGGGGCUCUUUGACAAUGAUACUUGCAUCUGUGUCAAACUUUGGCGGGCUUGCAGCCGUCCGGUUUCUCCUCGGCGCCUUCGAAGCGGGCUUAUUUCCUGGGAUGGUCUAUUUCCUCACGAUCUGGUACCGUCCGAAUGAACGUGCGAUACGCAUCGCUCUCAUCCUUGCGUGCGCGACCCUGGCGGGUGCUUUUGGCGGAUCUAUUGCGUUUGGCGUCGGCCAUAUCAACGGUGUCCGUGGUCUGGAGGGAUGGCGUUGGCUUUUUCUGAUUGAAGGUGCACCUUCUUGUGUAUGCGCAGUAGCCGCCGUCCUGAUCCUUCCCAACUACCCUGAGACGGAACUGUGGCUCUCACCAGAGGAACGCGCACUUGCAGUCAACCGACUCAAAGGAGUCGCCUCGUUGGGCCAUUCAAAAAUUACUUGGGAGCAGUCUAAGGAGACGUUGACGGAUUGGCGGCUCUAUCUCCAUUACUUGAUCUACAUCUCGAUCUCAGUCCCAUUCUCGAGCAUAUCCUUAUUUGCGCCGACGAUCGUGUCGGGGUUAGGUUACGAAGGUCUUGACGCCCAGCUGUUCUCAGUCCCACCGUAUGCAGCUGCUUUUGUGGUGACUGUGUUCGUCGCUUGGCUGGCAGACAGGUAUGAGAUGAGGUCAUGGAUGGCCUUCAUAUCGCUUGUCAUCGCAGGCAUAUGUUUCCUUGUACAGGGUGCAUUGCCACCAACUUCCUUCAAAGCUCGGUAUGGUAUCCUCUGCAUAGCUGUAUCAUUCUCCUUCGCCAGCAUUCCGCCGUUGCUGAGCUGGCUCACUGCCAACCUACGAAACACAGCGGCCUCAACACUGGCAGUCCCUCUCAAUGUGUCAAUCGGGCAGAUCGGUCAAAUCAUCGGUGUUUAUAUUUAUAAGAGCAGCGAAGCGCCUGGAUACCCGACUGGCCACUUUACGAAUGCAGGAUUCCUUUUGGAAGGCGCUCUCGUUGUGCUAAUACUCCGAUACAUUUAUUUAAGACGAAAUCACCGGAGCGAGAAGCCCUGGGCACUCUAA